UGAACACACACAAGCUAGCUGCUUCUUCUUCUUUAGUCAAGUGUUCUCAAACCCCAACUGUACUUAAUUACUUUGCUCCAUUUCAAACAAAAGCGCGUGAAAGAUGGACUCUGGAAUUGGAUACAGAUUCCAUCCAACCGAUGAAGAAUUGGUGAAUCACUACCUGAGGCUGAAGAUGCUUGGCUAUGACGAUCAAGUCCAAGAGAUCCCAGAAGUUAAUCUCUUGGAUUUUGAACCCUGGGAUUUGCCUCAUAUCGAGCAUCCAGAGGCAGCGAUAGCUAAUAAUUCGAAUGACCAAGUGUGGUAUUUCUUUUGCCCUCGCAAUUACAAGUACUCAAACAGCAAUCGGGCAAAAAGGACAACAAAUGCUGGAUACUGGAAGGUGACAAGCAAGGAUCGUCGUAUCAACGAGAAUGGUAUUAAAAAGACUUUGGUUUUCUAUCAAGGUCGUCCAAAAGGUGUCAAGACCAAUUGGGUCAUGCAUGAGUACAAUCCCACUUUCGGCUUCCGAACCCAGAGGGAUCUCGUUCUUUGCAAGUUAAAGAGAAGGCCAGAUGAUGCAGAUGAUGUAGAUGAUGUUCCAACCCAGGAAGAAGGUGGAUCAAGUACCAUGGUGGCUUCUGCUUCUGGAAAUAAUGCGGCAGAUGAAGACUCAUCUCAGCUACAAGCAUACAUGGAUUCAUUGGGUGGCAUUAAUGAGACAGAUUACAAUCUUAACUCUGCAAUGCAGUGGCCGACAAACUAUUAUAACUAAGAAUUUACAUGGGUGUUUGAAAGGGGUACGUAGCUGAUGCCAUAGAUGGUUUUGGUUUCUUGUCAGAUAUGACAAGAAGCUCUAGCCAGAUGCAGCAUCUGCAGUUAAUUGUAGUCUAGCUACGCGAUUAGGUUUUCUUCUUACAGUUUUAUAUGUAUUUCAUGCUUGUUUGUUCGUGCCAUGUAAACCUACUUGCAUUUGGUCUCUGUACCUCUUUUAUCAUCAAGUUAUUAUCAUGAUGAAAUAAAAAAAGCUGUUACUUAGCAAAAGCUACUGUUUAUU